GCGCUGUUUGUCUGUAUUGACUCCAGCAGAAGAAGAGCGCUCAUGUGUCUGGUGGUGUCUAUUUUCACAUCUGAGCCAUGGAAAGAAAGCACAUGUCCGCAUUAUCUAUUUAUCAGUCAUUAUCAGGAGGGACAAAACCACAAGUUCAGGCUAAGUCUCCGCCAGCGAAGAAAACCAAAAGGAAGGAGAAUGGCAUCCAACCAAACAAGAAACCCAAUAAAAAGAAAAGAAUGAGAGCUCUGAAGUCCAGCAUGAGGCUCAGCAGCAGUGAGAAGGAGAAAUCAAAGGCCGAGAAGGACUGUGAGACACAUAAUGGUGAAGGGUUUGAGAGUCCAGCUCUUGAUGCGCUCCUGACGGAUCUGACGAAGGUCAACAACAGCAGAGAUAGAGCCAACAGACUGUUCCAGUGGCUUCUUCACCCAGUCCAAGACAAGAGCUUCUUCAGAGAUAAUUGGGAGAAGAAACCCAUUCUGAUCCAACGACAGAAUCCAGACUAUUACAAAGGACUCUUUUCGACGGCUGAGUUUGACCACAUCUUAAGAAACGAGGACGUGCAGUAUGCAGUGAAUCUGGAUGUGACGAGCUACACAAAUGGAAAAAGAGAGACACACAAUCCUCCAGGAAGAGCGUUACCAUACACUGUGUGGGAUUUUUAUGAGAGCGGCUGUUCUCUCCGAAUGCUCAAUCCUCAAGCGUUUUCCUCCUCUGUGUGGCAAGUGCUCUCUAUUCUUCAGGAGAAGUUUGGCAGUAUGGUGGGCGCAAACGUAUAUCUGACACCAGCGGGGACGCAGGGUUUUGCUCCUCACUAUGACGAUAUAGAAGCGUUCAUUUUGCAGUUGGAGGGCAAAAAGCACUGGAGAGUGUACAACCCUCGACCGCAUAUUUUGAUGCCGCUUGAUUACCUUCAGUUCAUGGGAGUUCAGAACUCUGAGAAGGAAGACCCACGAAGAGACAAAUUCAUUGCACACGUCGAGGGCCUGAUGAAGAAACUGGUCAGUUUUGCGCCAGCCGAUGCUGCUGUGGAUCAGAAAGCCAGAGACUUCCUGCACGACUGCCUUCCACCGGUGCUGAGCGCUGAGGAGAAGGCCAGCAGUGUGUACGGGGCUCCUGCUCGAUGGGGAGACGGUGAGGCCCUUGAUGUGACUGUUCAACUGAAGGGCCAAACCCAAAUCAGACUUGUGCGGGCUGGAGCUGCAAGGUUGUGCGGUGAUGGAGAAACAGUCUCUCUUUUUUACACUACUGAAAACUCCAGAGUCUAUCGUAAAGAAGAGCCCAAGAGCAUUGAGAUGAAAGCAGAGCACAUUGAUGCCAUGGAGUUUCUGAUUCAUUCAUAUCCUAAGUUUGUUUCUGUGGCCAGUUUACCAUGUGAGAAAAUGGAGGCUAAGAUGUCUCUGGCUGAGCUGCUCUUUGAGAAGGGACUGAUCCACACAGCUGAACCUUUGACAGCUGAAUAAAAACAGUAUUUUGUGACUAAAGAAAAUGAGUGUCCUAUGUCAUAUGCUUCUUAUCUGUACUAACUACAUAUUUUUUGUCAAAUGAAAUUAAAGGGUAUUUGUACUUUUU